AUGUUCUUAAAGCAUUAUAAUGUCAUUAAACCUCGCAUGCUAUAUAUACGGCAUGUUCGUUGUAUUCACUUAACCACAAAUAAGAUGAAUCUUCUAAAGAAAUCAAAGAUCAGUGAGGGACCGUCCUUACAAGAAAACACUACCCAUGAUCCGGAAACUACCAGAACUCAAGAUAAUAAACAUAAGAAUAAUGAUAAUGGGAGUAUUCAGGAGCGAAUGCUAUUUAAUAAAGUGUUUGAGAGUAUGGAACUAAAGAGAGAAGAGAAACAAAAAGAACCUAACACUACCACUAGUUAUCGUUCCAAUAAUGAACCUGUCCACAUAGACCAAUCAACGGGGGAGAGACAGCAUUACAGCAUUAAUAAUAUUAAACUAAUACCAAAUAACAAUAAUAAUUUUCAUAGAUCUAGUGAUGAUUUAACUGUAUCUUUUGGUAAAUACGAUGAUUUGAAAAUAUUUCAUGAUGAAAUGAACCAGGAACCAUUCGAUUUCCAAGAUUCCAAGAUUAAUUCAUUAAUAUCGAAUUUUUCCAAAUCUAAUAUAAAGAAGACUGAUAUGAGGUCAUUUGUAGAUAAAUUAACUAGUAAGGAGAAUAGUAAUGAAAAUCGUAGUAAAACAUUACAAUCUAAUAAUAACGGAUUUGAGCCAAAUUCAAAAUUGCAACCUGAAUUCGAGUUACCAAUUUUUAAAUUUUUAGAUGGAAUUGAACAUGAAUUAUCUCAAAUAAAGAAGAAAACUUUAGAAUCAACAACAGAGAACAACCUUAAAAAUUCUCUUAAUAGGAACUUCAAAAGAAAUAUAAAAUUAACGGAAACUGAUAAAAAAAGAAUUAUCCGUGAGGAGAUGUAUAAAUCAGAACUAAAACGUACCUUGAGUCCCUACUUGUCCUACCUUAAUCAAAAUGUUAUUAAAAGCGAUUAUGAUAUGUGGAAGUAUUUUGAAUUGUUGUUAACAACAUAUAUAAAUAGAGAUAAAGGACAAAGGGAAAAAUUAUUAAAAUUGACUCCUGAAGAGACAAUCAAACAUAUUGACCAAGAAAGUACUAAAGAUUUUACAAAGAUUCCCGAACCAUAUGAGAUCACAAUGCCUUGUAUAGUAUUAGAAUUAUUGACAAAUGAGACCCAAUGGCAUUUACCAGUUGAAAGAAGGUAUCAGUUAACAAUGUAUAUCUACAAUCAAAUAAAGACAUAUCCAGAUAUCACCAUGUAUUUAUAUUUUGGAACAGUAGAUUUUUAUAAUUUAUUGAUUGAAUUGAAUUGGAUUAAUUACAAAGAUAUUGCACAGAUCCGUAAUUAUUUGAUUGAGAUGCAAAAUAAUGGGAUCCAAGGUGAUUUGACUACCUUAGACCAUUUAAACAAGAUUAUCACCACUAUGAGAUCCUUAAAUGAUGAUAUAAUGGAUUCUGAGGAUUAUAAUAAAUUAAAAGAAGAUAGUAUUACAAUGGAUGUUUUGUGGUCCAAAGAUAUAGAUAAUUCUAUUAUUGAAUUAGAAAACCGUUCACAAAGACUGAAACGUCAAUUGGUACCCUGUUCCGUAUAG